CAACACCAAGUCUUCCAAAUCGCAAACGUCUCGUUCUCUCUCCCUCUCUCUCUUUCUCUCUCCUGUCUCUCUCUAGAGGGCGGAAAUGGGGAGCUUCGCCCUCCACAGCCUCUCCGCCGCAGCGCCCUCGUCAGUCUCCACCCGUCCAUCCCUCUUCCGCCGCCCCCGUCCCGCCUCGAUAUCUCCGCCAUCCAUCCCCUACCUCACUCCCCCUCCCCCACUCCCCGCCAUCCGACCCCCCCCCGCCACCCCGCAGCCGUCUCCCGCCGGUCUUCUCUCCCUUCACCACCCUCUCUCCUUUAACAACUCCCGCAGGCCCAAUUUCAUUUCCCGCACCUCCUCCUCGUCGCCCCAGCCCGAGACGACCCCGCCUCCUCCGCCGGCGAAGCCCAUCCUCGAAGGGGCAAAGCCGCUGCCUUUCGCAAUCUCCAUCGCCAUAGGCCUCAUUGUCCGGUUCCUGAUCCCUAAGCCGGUCGAAGUGAGUCCUCAAGCGUGGCAGUUGCUUGCAAUCUUCCUCUCGACGAUCGCCGGGCUCGUGCUGAGCCCGUUGCCAGUGGGUGCCUGGGCCUUCCUCGGGCUGACCGCCUCCAUCGUCACAAAAACGCUCGCCUUCUCCACUGCCUUCAGCGCUUUUACCAAUGAGGUGAUAUGGUUGAUCGUGAUCUCAUUCUUCUUUGCUCGGGGAUUCGUGAAGACGGGACUAGGGGAUAGGAUUGCCACAUAUUUUGUAAAAUGGUUGGGAAAGAGUACAUUGGGAUUGUCUUAUGGAUUGACCCUGAGUGAAGCACUUAUAGCUCCUGCAAUGCCAAGCACUACUGCUAGAGCUGGUGGUGUAUUUUUGCCCAUCAUCAAGUCAUUGUCCCUCUCUGCCGGGAGUAGACCAGGAGAUUCUUCCUCGAGAAAGCUUGGUUCGUAUCUCAUUCAAUCUCAGUUUCAGUCUGCUGGUAACUCUAGCGCUCUUUUCCUGACUGCUGCGGCCCAAAAUUUACUUUGCCUUAAAUUGGCCGAGGAACUUGGGAUAAUCAUAUCAAGCCCGUGGGUAUCUUGGUUUAAGGCCGCUAGCUUGCCAGCCUGUAUUUCUCUUCUGGCCACCCCAUUCAUACUAUACAAGCUUUAUCCACCUGAAACCAAAGACACUCCUGAAGCCCCUGCUAUGGCAGCGAAGAAGCUUCAGAACAUGGGCCCUGUCACAAAAAAUGAAUGGAUCAUGGUUGGGACAAUGCUGCUUGCGGUUUCCCUGUGGGUCUGCGGGGAGGCUCUGGGCAUACCGAGUGUCGUGGCCGCGAUGAUCGGCUUGUCGAUUCUUCUACUAUUGGGCGUACUUGAUUGGGAGGACUGCUUGAGUGAGAAAUCGGCGUGGGACACGCUAACCUGGUUCGCUGUCCUUGUGGGCAUGGCAGGCCAGUUGACCAACCUUGGUAUCGUGACGUGGAUGUCAGACUGUGUGGCCAAGUCCCUCCAAUCCUUUUCCCUCAGCUGGCCAGCUGCUUUUGUUGUUCUUCAGGCAUCAUAUUUCUUGAUCCACUACAUGUUUGCGAGCCAAACGGGUCAUGUGGGCGCUCUGUACUCUGCAUUUCUCGCCAUGCACUUGGCGGCUGGUGUGCCCGGAAUACUUGCAGCCCUAGCAUUAGCUUAUAACACAAACCUCUUCGGUGCUCUGACACAUUAUAGCAGUGGACAAGCUGCCGUCUACUACGGAGCUGGUUAUGUUGAUCUUCCCGAUGUAUUUAAGGUAGGAUUCGUGAUGGCCGUUAUCAAUGCGGCCAUCUGGGGAGUCGUGGGAACCUUCUGGUGGAAGUUCUUGGGACUCUAUUGAUUUUAGUUUCCCAGUUCAGAUUCACAAUUUUCGAUCAUUCCCUGCGGAUUCAAUGGUCUAUGCCCGGUGAUUUUUUCCUCUCCGAGCAGCUGAAGAUCAGCUCCGUGGGUGGAUAAUUCCAUUUUAUUGCAGCCAUGGCCGAGUCCUUUCAGAUGAAGCAAUGAACUCCAUUAUUCAGUUUUCUGACUGAAACUUGUAGAGAAGUCAAAUAAUUUGGCAUUAAACUGAAUGAUCGUAAUGCUGAUGAUCAAAUGUUGCAAUAAUUUUUUUGUUAAUCUUUAUUCA